AUGGGUUUGAAAAACUUUCUUUUUGAAAACGAAUCAGUACAUGGCAUCAAUUCUCCCACCGAUCAUCUUUACAUCAAGAUCUUGCGCUUUAAUCUGCGCAUCAUCGGCUCCUGGCCACAGAAAGAACUAGGAGAGAAGGAGCCCGUGGCCUUGAACACGUUUCUGUACUUUUACUUAUUGGCUACUAUUGGCUGUCAACUUGGUUCGACUGUUUACCUCAGAGCAUAUAACAGUGAACUCACUUUUUUAGAAGCUGGCCACACUUAUUUGAUGAUUUUGAUGACUUUCAUUGACAUUUCCAGGAUCGUGAUGCUCACAUUUUCCAAGGAAUAUCGGAAAGUGAGCAAAGAAUUUCUUACUAAAAUUCAUCUGUUCUACUUCAAAGAUAGUUCUGAAUAUGCUAUGAAGACUUAUAAACGGGUCCACCUGAUGUCUCAUCUGUUUACGCUGUGUCUACUAUCGCAAAUGAUAUUUGGUUUAUCUUGUUUUAAUCUCAUUCCAAUGUACAACAACUACGUGGCUGGAAGAUACAAAAGUGGAGGAACACAAAACUCUACUUUUGAACAUUCUCUGUAUUUCAAGUAUCCAUUUGAUACCCUCACUGAUAUGAGGGGAUACGUUUUGUCAAAUAUCAUUAAUUGGAUACUAUCCUAUCUUUGUGCAACCUGGUUCUGCAUGUUUGAUCUCUUUCUAUCCUUAAUGGUUUUCAAUAUUUGGGGUCAUUUUAAAAUGCUUAUUCACACUCUUAACAAUUUUCCCAAACCACGUUCGGAUACCAGUUGUUUAAUAGAAGGAGGCUUGACAGUAACAAGUGCAAAAUAUUCCGAAGAAGAAUGCAUAGAAGUUUUUAAAAAAUUAAAGCAAUGUGUUGAUUCUCACCGAAUGAUUGUUAAGUAAGACAGUAU